CCUACUACAAUGCAUCACAACGCGUAUAGAAAAUAAUGACAUCACAAUAUUGCAACAUCUUUUCUCCAUAUCCCCGCUCUACAGUGUCACGAGGCGCAAUGUCCCUUGCGCUGGUUGGUUAUGUGGGGCUGGCUGCGCGUCGGUGUCCGCGCGCGGGCUGCACUUGGCGUGGCGAAUCCUUCCGCUUCGAAGUUGCUGUUAUGUUCUAACAUCAUAUAUCCAUCUCGAGGGGUUGCUUGUUGUGCUGAUCCGGGCACAGUAAGAUAUCUAAUUCUAGUAUUAUGGUGCGACCGGGGUGGUUGGCGUCUUUGACGCACCACAGCGAGAAGCCGCCGGCUUGGCUGAAGUUUAGGAGUUCUGAUGGCUUCAUCAUUGGAACUGUAUCUCUAGCUGUAUUCACUGACAUGUUCUUGUAUGGCAUCAUUGUUCCUGUUAUCCCUUUUGCCCUACAAAGUCGUAGCCAUGUUGAAAAAGAUCGAGUACAGUACUGGGUUUCUGUCCUAGUCGCAAUUUAUGGAGCCUCCCUUUUUGCCUUCUCACCUAUCUGUGGUUGGCUUGCAGACAGAGGAGCGUCUCGCCGAUCGCCACUUCUGCUUGGCUUGAUUGCGUUGUUGGGUUCAACAGUGCUUCUCCAGGUCGGAAACACGACUGGAAUUCUGGUAGCUGGUCGAGUUCUACAGGGCGCAUCAGCAGCAGUUGUAUGGGUGAUUGGUCUUGCGCUGCUGGCAGACACUAUCCCCCAAGAGAACCUUGCACAAGCAAUGGGAUAUGUGAGCUUGGGCAUGUCCUUAGGCACCCUAGUAUCGCCCCUACUUGGUGGGAUUGUUUUCGAUAGAGUCGGCUAUGACGCCGUAUUUGGCAUGGCGUAUGGUCUAAUUGGACUCGACAUCGUGCUUCGACUCUUGCUUGUAGAGAAAAAGGUGGCUGCAAGAUGGGAACCGGUCGCUGAUGUCCAAGCAAAAGCGGCCGCAGGCUCACCAGCCAUCAGGCCUACUUGUGCGCAAGACGAUGCAACCGAUACAGAGAAAGGUGUCUUGUCUGGGCAGUCUGGAACGUCUGCUCCAAUUGGAGGCAAACAUCUACGAGACCGCAGGCGCGAUCGUCUCCCGCCUGUUUUAGCUCUUCUGUACUCCCGCCGUUUGCUGGCUGCGCUAUUCUGUGCUCUGAUUCAAGCAGCACUCCUUACAUCCUUCGACUCUGUACUGACCAUACACGCCGCCAACUUAUUCGGAUGGACAGCGACAGGUGCCGCGCUUUUGUUUCUUCCCCUCGUAAUUCCAACCUUUCUUGCGCCAGCCUUUGGGUGGAUCUGCGACAAAUAUGGAGGACGUUUCCCCUGCGCCCUGGGAUUUUCAGGCGCAUGCGCUCCGUUAGUUUGCUUGCGUUUUGUUGAUGAGAAUACACUGAACGACAAGGUUAUCCUUUGUGCGUUGCUCGCUCUCACAGGAUUAUGCCUUGCGCCCACUUUUCCGUCAAUCAUGGCGGAGAUCACGUUCAUUGUUGAGGCGAAAGAGAAGAGUUCACUUGCAAGUGGCCGCGCUGGUUUUGGGCAGGGAGGCGCAUAUGCACAGGCUUACGGUCUGUUCAAUAUGGCUUUCGCAGCUGGGUGCACGGUAGGGCCGUUGUUAGCAGGCUUUAUUGUUGAGGACAGGGGCUGGUCAGUCAUGGCAUUGGUCUUGGGAAUACUCUCAGCUGUGACAGCAGUUCCGCCUUGUCUGUGGCUAGGAGGGUGGAUUGCGGGAAAGAGCAGGGUCAAAUGAAGACAAGUUGCCUCCAAGGUAGCAGGUUGAAUCCCGGUGUUUGGGGUCAAUUGUAGGGAAGAUGAUGAUCUCGAGAACUUUGAAGAGAGUGCCACCGGCCUCCCUGAUAUCUAGUUUGUCUAUCUGUUCCUGAGUACGAGAUGUGCUGCUAAGUAGAAUGGUAGGACAGCCAUAAGCGAGUGAAGGUGAAAGGUGAGAGGAUGGAGCAAACGAAUAGAGACCCGGGCCGUCACUUCCUUGCAAAUAUACGCG